AUGACCUGUCCGGAUGCCGAGGGGCACCCGGUACCCAGGGGCCACCAAGAGACUAAAACCCACCUGGGCUCUGAGACCCACCACAGCUCCAUGGUCCAUCAAGGCUCUGAGGACCACCAAGAGACUAAAGCCCACUUGGGCUCCGUGGCCACUCAAGGCUCCAUGGCCAGCUGGGGUUCCUUGGUCAACCAGGACCACCAAGAGACUUGGGCCCACUUGGGCUCUGUGACUCCCCUGGGCUCCAUGACCCAUCAGGGCUCCCAGGACCACCUGGAGACUGAGGCCCACCUGGGCUCUGAGACCAACCAAAGCUUCAUGGGUGACCAGGACUCCCAGGACCACCCAGAGCCCAGCAUUGAUGAUGGCUCCAUGGUGCUGUUGGACUCAAAGGUCUCCCAAGGCUCCACACGCAACCAAGGCUCUGAGGACCACCCGGAGAGCCAGGUCAGCCAGGUCUCCAUGACCCACGUGGGGUCUGUGGCCAACCAGCACUCCCAGGAUCACUCAAAGACCAAGGUCCAUCCAGGAUCUGUGGCCAACCAAGGUUCCAUGGGCAACCAGGACCCCUUGGCCCACACAGAACCCAACGCUGAUGAUGGCUCCAUGGUCCUGCUGGACUCAAAGGUCAACAAAGGCUCCAUGGCUUGUAUAGACUUGAAGGUCCACCAAGACUCUGUGGCCUCCCACGCCUGUGAGGACCCCCGAGAGCCCAAGGUCAACCAGGACUCCAUGACCAACCAAAGCGCCACUUCCCCUGUAGAGGCCAAGGUUAACGAAGACCCCGUAGUGUGUCUAAACUUGAGGGUUCAUCAAGACCCUGUGGCCAACCAAGCCCCUGAGGACCCGCAAGAGCCCAAGGCCAACCAAGACCCCAUGGACCACCUUGACACCCAGGUUGACCAAGACUCUGUGGCUCUUAUAGACUUGAAGGUCCACCAAGCCCCCAGGGCCAAUCCAGCGGAUCCCCAAGAGACCAAGGUCAACCAUGGCUCCACGGCAUGUUUGGGCUUGAGGGUCCACCAGGACACUGCGGCCAAGGGACGCUGCACCACCCGUCCAGGGACUGAGUCCCAUCGACCACCCCCACCCCCCUGGGCCACCGCCGCCCCCCGCCCAUGUCCCCACGUCCCCUCGGGCACUCGCCUGGGGCUGGUGCUGCUGACGCUGGGGUCCCUUGUGCUGCCCUGUGCCUGGGGGUCAGCGCUGGAGUUCGGGGGCGCCCCGGGACAGUGGGCACGGUACGGGCGGUGGGCGCCGGGUGCGGGGGGGCAGCUCAGCUUCCGCCUAAAGACCAACGUGACGCGGGCGCUGCUGCUGUACCUGGAUGACGGCGGCAACUGUGACUUCCUGGAGCUACUGGUGGCCGAGGGCCGGCUGCGGCUGCGCUUCGCCAUUGCCUGUGCUGAGCCCGCCACGCUGGAGCCGCCGGCGCCGGUCAGCGACGGACGCUGGCACACGGUGCUGCUGACCCGGCACGCGCGGCACGCGGCGCUGGCCGUGGAUGGGGAGGCGCGGGCAGCCACCGUGCGCUCCAAGCGCCCUGACAUGGCCGUGGCCAGCGACCUGUUCGUUGGGGGGAUCCCGCCCGACGUGCGGCUCUCGGCGCUGACGCUCAGCACCGUCAAGUACGAGCCGCCGUUCCGCGGGUGGGUGGCCGACCUGCGGGUGGGCGACGCGCCGGCGGCGCUGCUGGGAGCCCAGGGGGUCCGGGGCGAUGGUGACGAGCGCUGUGCCCACCACCCACCCUGCGCCCAUGGCGGCCGCUGCGCCCUGCACCGCGGGGAACCCCGCUGCGACUGCACCGGCACCGGCCACCGCGGGCCCUUCUGCGAGGAAGAGGAAGAACCCGCUGUGGAAGGUCCCGCCCACCUGCGACUCACCGGCCAAGGGCCCGCCGAGGUCGCUGAGGGGGGGCCCGGCCGCGGCGCCGGCGAGAUCCAGCAAGCGGCAAAAGGCCGCACCGAGUACGUGGCCACGUUCCGGGGCAGCGAGUUCUUCUGCUACGACGUGUCGCGGUCGCCGGUGCAGAGCAGCGCGGAUGAGCUGGCGCUGGCGUUCCGCACGCGGCAGCGCCACGGGCUCCUGCUCCACACCGGCCGCGCCGCCGACUUCCUCAACCUGUCGCUCAAGGCCGGCGCCGUGUGGCUCGUCAUCAACCUGGGCGCCGGUGCCUUUGAGGCGCUGGUGGAGCCCGUCAACGGCAAGUUCCACGACGGCGGGUGGCACCACGUGCGCGUCACGCGCAACCUGCGGCAGCACGCAGGGAUCGGACACGCUAUGGUAAACAAACUGCAUUACCUGGUAGUUAUCACUCUAUUGUUACUCCUUGGCUUCGCCGUGGCCCCACCCCCACCUUUUGGGGCCAAUCCGGGGGAUUUUGGGCAAUUUUCACCCAUCCGCCAUCUUGCGGCCGAGCUUCGGCUCCCUCAUGCCAAAAAGAGCUGGUUUCCCCCCCAAAAAAUCCUUCCUGAGAGGGCGUGUGUUACUCGAUGGGGGUGAUGUGGCACCUCAACCCAUCCCCCACCCCAUUUUGGGGUGAAUUUUAGAGGUUUUGGGCAAUUUUCACCCAUCCACAUUUUGUGGGCGAGCUUCAGGUCCCUGAUGCCAAAAAUAUACAUUUCCCUCCCCAAAAAAAUCCUGCCUGGGGUCAUAAAGGGCUGAUUUUUCCCAAGGGAGUGAUGUUUGUUCUCUUCCUCCAUUUUGGGAUGAAUUUUAGGCAUUUUGGGCAAUUUUCACCCAUCCACCAUCUUGUGGCUGAGCCUUGGUUCCCUGAUGCCAAAAAUAUCUGUUUUUCAAAAAAAUCCUUCCUGAGAGGGUGUGGUUUAAUCGAUGGGGGUGAUGUCCCCCACCCCCCAUAUGCCCUCCAAAUGCCCCCAUUUUGGUGUGAAUUAGUAAAUUUGGGGGAUUUAGGGCAAUUGGAUAAA